CAAAAAAAUAUACUUAGUGGGUGUAUCAUGUACGUACAGUAACUACAGAUUAUCGACCGAAGCACACUGUCAACCACACUUUCAAUCACGCUUUAUUUUGAUUCCUCACAAACAGUACAAUGGGCCGACUCAGUACCGCAUAUUGCAGAAGUCAUGUAGGUUUAAAAUUUGUAUUGGCACUAGCUUCGACUAUGAUAAUUGCAACAAUUUUAUUGAGCCCUCCUGAGCAAAAUUCAUAUGAAAAGCGAGAUAAAUACAUUGUUGAUGUCCUACCACAUGAACCGCCGAUAGUGACGAUUGUCGACACACAACCAGAAAUUACCUCGUUGACGAAACUGCGAGAGGAGUGUGACAACUUGGCGUCUCUGUGGGACUCGCACAACAUUGACAGCAUCGACGACAAAUCAUGUGAACGUAUUCAAGAGUCAUGCGGGGUGCCAGACUGUCAUGAAGCCAUCAUAGACGGAGUGAUCACUUGGGUGGACGGGAGUGACCCUGUUUUUCGUGCGGGCUAUUUGAAUACGCUCGAAUAUGCUGCUGCGUUAGAUCCUCGGCACAAACCGGGUACUAAGAAAUUGAGGGAAGGUGGUGUGCGUGAUUUUGGUCAAUUAAGGUAUGCUUUGCGCAGUAUCGCGGCAAAUGCGCCAUGGAUUCGGCGCAUAUUUUUAAUCACGGACAAUCAAUGGCCGGAUUGCCUUCUACCGGCAAAUGAAACGCUCAAGCUACGACAUGUAACGCAUGAUCAGCUGUUUGAUUUUUACUACCAAGCAAGACACCCUGAUCGGAUAGAUGCGCAGCGUUUGCCGUCUUACAAUAGUAUUGCACUGGAGCUUAUGACACCUUUCAUCCCUAAACUAGGCCGCAUGUACCUGGCCUUCAGUGACGAUAUGUCGUUUCUGAAUCCAACUCCACUGAGCUUUGUCUACAAUAAGGAAAGUGGGAGGGGGGUGUUGCACAUGUGGGAACGGUUUGAUAAUCCGCUGUUAGAAGGGAGGGCGGCAGUUUCAAAGCGAUGGGCUACAGAAUACUUUGGUGGAUCUGUGAUAGAUUGCCCUUUGAGACGGCGGCAUGGCUGUGCUAUACCGGCACACGGCCCUGUGCUUGUGGUAAAAGAAGUUUUCAUUGAUGCUUGGAACAAAAUAGGGGACACGAUGGAUACGACGGUGUAUCACCCCAUGCGAACGGAAGAUAGGGACCCGGAUACCUGGCCAUUUCUGAUGCUGAUAGGGCAUGCUAAGUUCUACGAAAUCAAGGAAGAUAAGUUUGCCCUUUUUUUUGCUAUGAUGACAAAAGCUACUAUUCUGAAAUUGCUGAACAGUAUGGAAAAUGACCACCAGUCCAAAAUGGGGUGCUUGAAUGACAACUUUGACGACGAUCAUGGCCCUGUAUCCCCUGCUCUUAUCAACCUCAUGACAAAGACCUACGAGAACAGGUUUCCAGUAAAAGCACCUUGGGAACUUGCCGUUUAAGGUCUGCACUGUAGGUUGUUUGACCUUUUUCAUUCAAUUCCGUUCUUUAUUGGGUCUGAAUAUAUAACAGGUAAAGAGUAUUCAGCUCGCGCCGAAUCAUCAAAUGAUGAUCAGAUGCAUCACUCGUUCAACGUUGAGGCUGCCAGACAGUCAUUGGGAUCAAGCCCUAACUUAUGGUCAACAGGCUUGACACAGUGUAAACACUGCAGCAAACGAAGGCUGGACCAAUUUGUGGUGCCUUAUUGCGAAGGUCCUAAAUCUAUUAUAUAAUCAUACGGUCAGGUAGUUCACAUCGUAGACAUUGCAGCAAACGAAGACUGAAAUGACGUGGGCAGUUUUAUACGAAAUCAUGGUUAAGAAAAUCGUCUGCUUCCAAUAUUAUUUUUAGACAGCGUGAUUACAGCAGCAAACAGAGACUAGACGACGUGGACCGUAAGGUUAGAAUGUGGUAUAUCCACUAUAAUUGAUAUACAUCCUAAACACCGCAGUAAACGGAGGCUGGAUCAAUUUAUUGCACUGAAGCGUUUUUUCAACUGCACAACCAUACUGUCAACGAAAUAUUGUAUCUCAC